AUGGCGCGGAUCAUCAGACACCACGACAAUGGCGAUGACAAAGGCAACGACGCUGUUGAGGAUGUAGGCGAUUCCAGGGACACUCUCGAAAGUGCCAUCGAUGCGCCAGUGAUCGAGAAACAGUCCAGCGUCUCGGCAAACUUGGGUGGCAUCAACAUUGGCAACACGAUCACGAUCAUCAACGUCGGAACACGGAAUCAACAGGCAGACGAUGGUGGGCCUGCUGACAAUAUACCGUUCGGAAGUGCGUCGUGUUUUCAAUGA